AUGUCCUCCACGAUUGCUCCCCUACUGCAGAUCGACCCCUGGCUUGAGCCCUUUGCUGCCGAGAUCGACCACCGGCGCAAGCUCGCCGACAAUUGGCUCCAGGUCCUGCAGAAAAACGAGGGCGGGCUGCUCAAAUUCGCAGACUCUUAUCAAAAACUGGGGUUCCAUGUCAACCCAGACAACUCCAUUUCCUACAAAGAGUAUGCCCCCAAUGCCUCCGCUGCGUGCGUGAUCGGCGACUACAACGACUGGCAGCACGACAAGGACGUCAUGACAAAGGACAACUACGGCUUUUUCAGCAUUGUGCUGCCUCCUGUCGAUGGGAAACCUGCGAUCCCGCACAACUCGAGGGUCAAGAUUUUGCUCACCCUGCCUGAUGGGUCCAAGGUUGCGCGGCUGUCGCCGUACAUUCUGCGCGCUACUGCGCCGCCAAAAGAGUACAAUAACCCGGCCUACGAGGCCCGUUUCUGGAACCCCCCAACAGAUUACGAGUUCAAGCAUGCUAGACCGCCUCUGCCGCAGUCGCUCAAAAUUUACGAGGCACACGUCGGGAUCUCGACGCCGGAGCCGCGCGUCGGCACCUACAAGGAGUUCACCGCCAACGUGCUGCCCAUGAUCAAGGACCUGGGCUACAACACCGUCCAGCUCAUGUCUGUCAUGGAACAUGCAUACUACGCGUCUUUCGGCUACCAGGUCACGUCGUUCUACGCGAUAUGCUCGCGGUUCGGAACCCCAGAGGAGCUGAAGGAGCUCAUCGAUACGGCACACAGCAUGGGCAUCCGUGUUCUUCUCGACGUGGUGCACUCUCACGCGUCCAAAAACGUUGAGGACGGACUCAACAUGUUUGACGGCACUGACUACUGCUACUUCCAUGGCGGUGGGAAGGGUGUUCACGACCAGUGGGACUCGAGACUGUUCAACUACGGCAGCUAUGAGACGCUCAGGUUCCUGCUCAGCAACCUGAAAUUUUACCUACAAGAGUACAAGUUCGACGGGUUCCGGUUUGAUGGCGUGACCAGCAUGCUGUACACUCACCACGGGAUAGGCGAAGGCUUCUCUGGAGACUACAAUGAGUACAUGAGCCCCAAUGGGUCAGUGGACAAGGAGUCUCUCACAUACAUGAUGCUCGCAAACGACCUCUGCCGUCAAUAUGGAGAGCUUGAAAACUGUACCAUCACGACGGUGGCAGAAGACGUGUCCGGUUAUCCAACCUUGUGUAUGCCUCGCUCAAUUGGAGGUGUUGGAUUCGACUAUAGGCUGGCAAUGUCGAUUCCAGACAUGUGGAUCAAGAUCCUCAAGCAUCUGAGAGACGAAGACUGGGAUAUCGCUGCCAUCGCGCACACUCUUACCAACAGAAGAUACAAGGAAAAAUGUAUUGCAUAUGCAGAAUCUCAUGACCAGGCCCUUGUUGGAGACAAGACGCUGGCAUUUUGGCUCAUGGACGCUCAAAUGUACACUAACAUGUCGGUGCUAACUGAACUGACCCCUAUUGUUGAUCGCGGUAUACAGCUGCACAAGAUGAUCAGGCUGGUGACGCAAUCUCUUGGUGGAGAAGCGUACCUAAAUUUUGAAGGUAACGAGUUUGGUCACCCAGAGUGGCUGGAUUUCCCUCGUCAAGGAAACGGCGAGUCGUACCACUAUGCAAGAAGACAAUUCAAUUUGAUCAAGGACGAUUUGCUGAGAUACAAGUUUUUGUACGAGUUUGACAAAGCAAUGAACACUACUGAGUCGAAAUACACCUGGCUGAAUACGGACCCGGCGUACGUGUCUCUGAAAAACGAGGUGGACAAGGUGCUGGUUUACGAGCGGAACAACAAACUCUUCUUGUUCAACUUUCAUCCCACGCAGUCCUUUACUGAUUACAGGGUCGGUGUCGAGACUCCUGGGUGUUACAAAAUCAUUCUGAACUCGGACCGCUCUGAGUAUGGUGGACACGGCCGUAUCGACGAGUCCAAGUCUGUCUUUUUCACCACUGAGUUCCCAUGGAAUAACAGAAGAAAUUAUAUUCAGGUGUAUCUACCUUCACGGUGCGCCCUGGUUCUUGCUUUGGACAGCGAGAUCCAGUGA